CUUGAACAUACUAAAUCUGCCCUGUGCUCUUCUCUUUUUCAGAUGUCUCCCACAGUACUUUGUGCUAGCUUUUUCUUGGCAUGUGCCUUGACAUUGAGUGCUGCUCAAACGAGCUGCAGAGGCCGAUGUGGUGCCGAGUACUACAGAGGUUACAUGUGCCAGUGUGAUUACAACUGCCUGUCAUAUGGAGAAUGCUGCAAAGACUACGAGUCCCAGUGCACCACAAGAAACUCGUGUAAAGGUCGUUGUGGAGAGACCUUCAGGAGAGGUCGCCUGUGUAACUGCGACAUGGAUUGCGUCAAAUACAAACAGUGUUGCCCAGAUUACAAGUCCCACUGUGAUGCCGAGGAGUCAAAUCUGAGUGAAGCUGAAGAGCAGCAUUUUGCAGUCAGCGAGGGAAGCGAUACAGACGUGAUCGGCCAGAUUCUUCCAAAUGACGACUUCUCCAACAGUGGACUGGAGGAGGCGAAUCCGUUCCCUGACAGCACCAGUGGGUUUGGAUUAUCCACCGCUGAGCUGCUGGUUCAAGAGACCACUGAUCCAACACUGGAACCAAACACUCUGGAGUUCAGUCCAGAGACAGGGACUGGUUUUACUCAGACAGAGAUGACACCAACGCAGGCUGAUGACAGCACCUCCACCGCUCUGAGCACAGCACCUCCAGAUGUCAGUGAUCCUCUCAUCUCAACCAGCGCAGGAACAACCUCUCCUGAGUCCACAACUGCAGCUGACCACAUCACUUCCCAGCCUCCUGUGACCUCCUUUGCCCAAACACAGGUUUCUCCUACUACAGCCAGCAGUCCAGAAACAAAUGUGCCGACAACAGCACAACCCCAGGAUGACUUUGUUGCUGAGACGCAGAAGACAAACCCAAAUGAAGCCUCCUCUGAUACACCAGAUGUUACAACACCACCCAUCAACACGUCACCAUCUACAGGAGCCACACAAGACAACACUGAGCAGGACACCAGCAUCUCUGCCUCGUCAACACAGGACUUGACCUCCAACUCGGAUGCAACCACCUCAAACCCAUCUACAGGAGCCACACCAGACAACACUGAGCAGGAUACGUCUCCGGUUACUAGCAUCCCUGCCUCGUCAACGCAGGACUUGACAUCCAUCCCAGAUGCAACCACCUCAAACCCUGAACAUCAUGUCACUGAGAACAUCUCAGAAGACACCACAGCAAGCGCUCUCUCUGUUCUGGCCGACGCUGAACACCCCUCCUCCACUGUUUCUCCAGAGGAGCCAGUUUCAGACCUCGAUGCCCUGACGACUCGUGUUCCCUCCUCUUCAGCUGCAGCACAGCAUGAUGCUACAGACGUUUCAGACGUUACACCACACGUGUCCACCGAUGACCCACUGAACGUCACACCAGACCACACUGAGCCACAAGCAUCUGACAAAACCACGUCAAAACCACAGACCAAACCUGACCCGUACAAUCCGCCUCCAACUAAACCAACUGAGGUUAAACCAGAGAAUAAGCCCCUGGUCACUGCACACACUCUAAAUAUAGAUGAUUCAAGAGGCUACCAAGCAGAUGACAGUAACGACUCAAACCUGUGCAGUGGGCGGCCGGUCGGUGCAGUUACCACACUGAGGAACGGUACAGUGGUGGUUUUCAGAGGGCACUACUUCUGGUUCCUGAACAGAAACAGGGAGCCAGGUCCGGCCAGAGCUAUCACACAAGUAUGGGGUGUCCCCUCCCCUAUUGACACCGCCUUCACCCGCUGCAACUGCCAGGGCAAAACAUAUAUUUUCAAGGGAUCCCGGUACUGGAGGUUUGAAAACGAUGUUUUGGACCCUGAUUAUCCUAAAGUCAUUGAAACAGGCUUUGAUGGGCUUCGGGGUCACGUGACAGCAGCUCUGUCUGUGCCUGAGCACAAGAAGAGGAGAGAGUCGGUCUAUUUCUUCAAGAGAGGUGGACUUGUCCAGAGGUAUUCAUACCAGUUUGGCACCAGUCCAACAUGUGGCAGAAAAGUCCAGUACGCAGUUUACACUGUGCGCAAUCGAAUGGCUCGACAAGCAGUGUCUCUUUUAGGCACACCCAUCAACAUCAGGACUUCAUGGAGAGGCUUCCCCACCACUGUCACAGCUGCUGUGUCUGUCCCCAGUACCACAGAACCAGAUGGAUACAAGUACUACGUCUUCUCAAGAUCCAAGUCCUACAACGUCAGGAUGGAUGGGGAACGUCCCGUCAUUGCUGCUCCUAAAGUCAACACGUCACCUCAGAGCAACAGCUUGUUCAAAUGUUCAAAGAAAUAAUUCCUUUUUUUUUUUUUACACUAACUCCCUCAUCAUUUUAAAUGUUUAUUACAUUUGUCAUAAAACACAUGGCUUCAGCAUGGACCAGUUACAAAAGAUACUUUUAAAAACAAAAACAAGUGAACAGGUAUGAAAACUGAGGGAGUCUGGAAACAGAUGUGUGGUGUUUUCUGAUUCCUGCUUCAUCUGGCAAAGCGUCUCCCAUGAACGCC